GCGGCCGGUGAUUGGGUGCGGCGGGCGGAGGGGCGGCCCCGCUGCAGCCGCCGAAUCUGGCUCCGUCCCGCUGGGCGGCAGAGCGAGCCCCGGCCGCGCCAUGAAGAGCCUCAAGUCCCGGCUGAAGAAGCAGCACGAAGUGUCGGUGGGCGGGGGCGCGCUGAAUACAGAUUGGAGCAAAUAUGAUGAUCGGUUGAUGAAAGCAGCUGAAAGGGGAGAUGUGGAAAAAAUUUCAUCUAUUCUUGCCAAAAAGGGAGUCAAUCCUACUAAACUGGAUGUGGAAGGGAGAUCUGCAUUUCAUGUUGUAGCAUCAAAAGGAAACCUGGAUUGUUUGAAUACCAUUCUUGUACAUGGGGUUGAUAUCGUAGCCAGCGAUGCUGCAGGGAGAAAUGCGUUGCAUCUUGCUGCAAAAUAUGGACAUGCUCUUUGUUUGCAAAAGUUAUUACAGUACAAUUGUCCAACUGAAAAUCUGGAUCUUCAUGGUAGAACUGCUCUUCAUGAUGCUGCUAUGUCAGACUGUUCCUCUAGUAUUCAGCUACUGUGUGAUCAUGGUGCCUCAGUGAAUGCCAAAGAUGGAGAUGGGAGGACACCCCUAGUGCUGGCCACUCAGAUGUGUCGUCCAACAGUAUGUCAGCUUCUGAUCGACAGGGGAGCUGAUGUGAAUGCCAGAGACAAACAAAACAGGACUGCUCUAAUGUUAGGCUGUGAAUAUGGCUGCAAGGAUGCGGUCGAAGUUUUGCUCAAAAAUGGUGCAGAUGUUAGUUUGGUUGAUGCCCUUGGUCAUGACUGUUCUUACUAUGCCAGAAUUGGUGACAAUAUUGACAUUUUGGCCCUAAUAAAGACUGCCAUUGAGGAUUCCAGCAAAGCAAAGGAGCUUAUGAAGAAAGGACAGCCUGAAUACAAGGUUACUAAUGUGUCACAGAAACGGAAUCAGCUGUAUGCACAAGAAGUGAACUUCAAGCAGUAUCAGAGAGAACAGCUAAGCAUGCAGGAACUGGAAGCAGAAAAUGAAGAUUUGAAAAACCGAUUGAGAGAGAUUCAACAGGAACACAGAAUACUUUUAAACAGAGUCAGUGUAUUAGAGCUACAACUGAAUGAGGAGCAAAUGGUUGCAGAUGAUCUUGAAAGUGAGAAAGAUGAGCUGAGAAGACUCUUAACGGUCAAGGAAAAACAGCAGGAAGAAAGCUUAAGAAGUAUUGAAGCUCUGAAAUCUAAACUUAGACACUAUGAGCGUGACUAUCUGGGCUCUGGCAGUGAUUCUGGGAAAGAAGAUAUGCUGCUUAAACAUGGUCAAGUAUUUGCUACAGAAUCACAGACCAAGUCUAUGCUGAGACCACUGGAACUAUCACUAUCUAGCCAAUCUUCCAGUUCCGAGAAUGAAAUUCUAAAGAGAGAGCUAGACAACAUGAGACUCUCUUAUGGCACAGCAAAAGAAGAAAUAAGCAAACUUCAGAAAGAGCUGUUUCAUAAGGUAGCUGAAUGCAAAGCUUUGGCAUCAGAGUGUGAAAGAACCAAGGAGGAAUCUGACAGACAGAUAAAGCAAUUGGAAGAUGCUUUAAAAGAUGUGCAGAAGAGAAUGUUUGACUCAGAAGGCAAAGUAAAGCAAAUGCAAACCCACUUUCUUGUGCUGAAAGAUCACCUAGCUAAUGAAGCAGCUUCAGGAAGCAAUAAGUUAACAGAAGAUCUAAAGGAUCAGUUGAAAGACAUGAAAGCAAAAUAUGAAGGGGCUUCUGCAGAAGUAGGCAAGCUACGGAACCAAAUCAAGCAAAAUGAAUUGUUAGUUGUGGAAUUUAAGAGAGAUGAGGGGAGGCUGGUGGAGGAAAACAAAAGGUUGCAGAAGGAACUGAGUAUGUUAGAGAUGGAGCGAGAGAAAAGUGGGAGAAAUGUCUUGGAGGUACAAGGGCAGCUAAAAGAAAUGGCAGCAAAGUUAGUCCUCUCUGUACCUGUUGAGAAAUUUGAAAAUAUGAAGAGUUUAUUAUCAACUGAAGUGAACGAGAAAGCAAAGAAAUUAGUAGAGAUGGAAAGAGAGUAUGAAAAACUGCAGGCAGAGCUUCGGCUCUUAAAGAGGGAAUUUGAGAGUCAGAAAGCUAAAUUUUCUCAGUAUGUGAGGCCAGAGGAACAUGAACAAAUGAGGGGCAGAUUUGAGAGAAAAACUGAAGAACUGGAAAAAACGAUUUCUGAAUUGUCCAAGAAUCAGACAUUGCAGAAGGAAGUAGAAAGGGUUCACAUGGACAACAAGCUGCUUAAGCAGCAAAUACACACUUUAACAACUGAGAUUAAAAGCCAAUAUGUGCCUUUAAAACUGAAUGAAGAAAUGAAAAAAACAAGUGAUCUGACUAUUGGGGAUCUGACCAAAAAACUUGCUGAAGUAACGCAAAAGUACAAUGAAAACAAAGCAGAAGCUGAGAAGUUGAUGGUAGAAAAGACCAGUUUAAGUGAGACUGUAACUCACUUCCAGGCUGUGUACCUGUCUCCAGAAAAGCACGAAAAAGAAGUGGCAGCCUUAAAAUCCACAGUUAUGGAACUUAAAAGGCAGCUUGCUGAGCUUCAUCAAAAAUAUGAUGCUGAACAAGCAAAAGUCUCCAAACUAGUGUCUGAAAACACAACUCUGAGGGACUCUCUGAAUGAUCAGUAUGUACCUGCCAUAACACAUGAGGAGAUUAAAACAGUCUUGAACAGCACAUUAGAAAAGACUAAUAGAGAGUUAUCAGAUCUGAAGGAAAAAACUGAAGAUAUAAAGCGAGAAUUUAUGAGAGUAAAUGAGGAGAAUGGAACUCUGAAAAAGAAGCUGAGACUCCUACAGAGCCACAUACAGACAGAGUAUAUAAGUGUAAAAGAUCAUGAGAGUAAGGUGUCGACCUUAAAUAAAAGCAUGCAAGAGUUACAGGAUAACAACACUGAGACACUAGCUAAAUAUAAGAGAGGCCAAGAGGAAAUCUUACAGUUGCAUGCAGAAAUUGAAGCCCAGAAGAAGGAACUUGACACAAUUCAAGAAUGCAUUAAAUCAAAAUAUGCCCCAGUUGCCAGCUUUGAAGAGAGAGAGCAAAACUUUGAAGCCAUGGUGAAAGAACUAAAAAAGCAGUUGCUAGAACAGACACAGAGAUGCAGAGAAUGGGAGAAGGAGACACAGAAAUAUAAACAGGAAAAUGAGAAAUUAAAGAAUGGGGUUUUGUCUAUUGAAAAUGACUUGCAACAAAAUUACAUUCUUGCUGAGAAAUCACAUGAAAUGGAAAAAAUGUUCACCAGCAAAAUGGAAGAACUGAAUAAGCAGUUGAGAGAAUUACUGCAAAAGUACACAGAGAUAAAACAUGAAAAAGACAAGCUACAAGAAGAGAGUGCUAAACAGAUUUCUGAGGCCCUUGCUGUGCAAACUCGCAUGCAGGGUCACUAUGUUCCAGUGCAACAGUUUGAAGCCUUGAAGAGAACGCUUGGCCAGACGAUAGAGGACCUAAAAGAAGACCUCCAUAGUAAGAAGGCAUGUUAUGACCGAGAACUAGAAAAAGUAAGAGAACUGCAGCAGGAAUUGGCAGAUCUACAUAACUCCUCCAUUUCUUUGGCAGAACACGCACAGAUGAAAGAAACAUUUGAAAAAGAAAUUGUAGCAGUCAAAAUUAGCUUGAAAAAGGAGGUGGAAGAAAACCAAGCAAAAAGUGAGGAAAUCUCUAAACUCCAGUCUGAGAUUCAAAGUACUAAACAAGCUUUAACUGAACUGGAGAGCAAAGAAGUAGUUGAUAUAUCGGAGUAUAAAUCCAUGAAAAGUGCCUUAGAGACCCAGGUUGCUAGCAUAGCUGGAAACUUGGCCAGCUUGAAUAGAAAAUAUGAGGAAAUGUGUGAAGAGGCUUUGCAAGCCAAAAAGGAAGAGCUUUCUGCAAAAGAUGAAAAAGAAUUGUUGCAGUCAAGAAGCUUCUGCAUUGAACAAGAAAUUAAGGACCAGAAAGAGAGAUGUGAUAAAUCUUUGACAACAAUUACUGACUUGCAAAAAAGAAUACAGGAAUCUGCAAAGCAAGUGGAAGCAAAAGAUAACAAGAUAACAGAGCUGCUCAAUGAUGUAGAACGACUAAAGCAGGCUCUUAAUGGCCUGUCUCAGCUUACAUACACCUCUGGGGUUCCCUCAAAGAGACAGAACCAACAAGUUGAAAUGCUCCAGCACCAGGUGAAAACCCUGCAGCAGCAGCUGGCUGAUGCUGAUAGACAGCACCAAGAAGUAAUUUCAAUUUAUCGGACGCAUCUUCUUAGUGCUGUGCAGGGCCACAUGGAUGAAGAUGUUCAAGCUGCCUUACUCCAGAUCAUUCGAAUGAGACAGGGGCUUGUUUGUUAAUAUGCUUAAUGCUAUAGCAUGGCUGCUACAUCUCAUAGGAAUGCUGUGAUUACAGAUGUAUUAACCUUCAUGACCUUUAUCUCAUUAUGGCAUGGUAACUGUAAAAAGAAUGCACCACCUCCUCCCCCCAGGAAAAAAUUAUUCCAAGUAUGAAAAACAUUAGGAGGCUGAAGUCAUUUACCCCUUGUAAAACAGAACCAAUAGGACAACUCCUUUAGAUCAUAUUAGACAUUUCAAAUAUGUGGAUUAUAAAUUGUACACCAAUUGUAAAAUAAAUUCGACAAGCUGGCAGUCAAAAUGAUGACAUAGUAGUUACAUUCUUUUAAUGUCGGAUUGACCAUUUUAGAACAAAUAAACCGAUAUCCAACACCUCCACGUUGAUCCUAUUGUUAAUUCCCAAAGGGUGAAUGACAGUGAGUUUAAACUAAAGUGAUUGUGGCUGAAAUACUGUAACGGUUGAAUUUUUUCUUUUAAUGGUUAAAAAGUGUGCUUUUUGUGAUCAUAUUAAGUUGAUCAGCAGAUUGACAGUAGAUCAACUACAGAACAAGAUGGAUAGUGUCAAGGUAUACAUUGUAGCUUGGCUGGCCAGGUUACAUUCUUUUAUUUAAGUAAUUUAAGAUUUAGUACCUUAGCGUUUUACUAGAGGUACAAAUCAGUUUUUUCCAUCAGACACUAACUUUUAUGCUUUUUUACAAGAUAUAUUUUUUCAUUAAUGCUUUGUAACACUGAUUUCAAUAGUCUAAGAAACAGCAGGACUGGAAGGAGAUCAUGAAUGUAGAACAGCAUUUCAGUCUCAAAUGCAGUAGUCCAAUUUUUAUUCUUAUGUACUUUUUCAAACUUCAUUAUGCAUAAAAUGGACCUGGAUUGUUUGCGUAACACACUUGAUAAAGUUGUACAUUAUCUAGUUCAAGUGUCAGAGGGUCAACCAUUUUCCAGCAAAAGCUUAAGAGGUUUUUCUGGUUUAUUAACACUGUAUAUUAUGUACUAUAAUCAAUUUUUGAUUAUUUAUGGGGAAAGAUGCAAAUAGUAAGAUUCAUAGAAAACGAAAUCUAAUUUGGAAUUCACAUGUUAAACAAAACAGAGCUUCAUAUUUUUUUAAGUGGAAGUGCAAUAAUGCCAAAGAAUGAAAUAUCUACAGUCAAGUUUUAUGGAAGGAAAAACAAAAAUUGGGAAUAUUUCAAGGAAAAUGGCAGUGAAACAAGAGUCUAACCACAAAAUUACUGUUUUUUUAGUGUCUCAGAAUAAACAGAGUAGCGUCUGACCCUGUAAAUACUACUUAUGGGAUAUAAUGCUCCUUGCUGCCGAGAGUAGUCCCACUAGUUCUGUACUAUGCUCAGUACCAAGCAUUACACUUGUCAGUAAACAUUUGCCCAUAAUUAGCAAAUAAGAGUCUGUCAUCCUGGCACUGAUGCAGGGCAAGACCGAACAGAACAGAAUUCAACCUCUGUAUUCCUGCGAAUAGACUUUCAGGGUUGUACAGUAAAUUCUGUAAGUGCUUGAUCUAAUUACGGUUAUGUUAACUGGGUUUAAAAUACAAACCCCCAGACUGUACCUGGCAGCUUUUAAGCUUCCUGUUUUCCAACAGAGUUUAAUCUCUCUGCCCUUGAGUGUGGGCCUCCUGCUGUAUCACUGAAAUGGCAGUCCCCAAACGUAGAAAAGAGGAUGUUGACGCAGGCACUUCUAAAACAAACUGUUGUGAAAAUGCAUGUUUAAUAUAUUUAGCUGUAGAAUGACAACUGGAUCACUCUUGUUUUCCUUUGAUUUCCUGGAGGAGUCCCGUGAGAUGUGUGAGUUCACCAAGUAUACUUUAGUUUUUAGAAAUUCUUUUCUAAUCACAUUACUUGAAGCUCUGGUUGGAGAGAAAUGUGAUUGUUUUGAUAUACUAAUAUACUGGCCUAUUUUAGUAUUGUAUUUUUUCCUUACUGGGGGAAAUUUUAUGUAUUUUUUUCUCUUGUAUUACAUAUCAAUAAAGUGUUUUAUCUUACUA